CGCGUCGGGGAUACUCGCGUGUGUAACGGAAGUACGGGCGAGAAAGAGAGAAAGGGAGAGAAGCACACGCACGUCCACCCGCACGUAAAGCGCGGCCACGGGAAUCGGCAACCCCGAAAGGUGGAGUAGCGUCUCGGGCGGCAAAAUGGCGGUCGUGAUAAGAAACAAAUGAUCGAGGGUUGGCGAACGGCGAUAAAUUGAAUCGCGCGAAAUCCAGGGGUGGUCUCCACGGUAGUGGUGAUUCCUCUCCUCCCUUGGUGGUGCGGCUACGAUAAUUCCUUUCGGGCCGGGGUUAAUAUCGCGAAAUAUAGAAGCGUCGCGCUCGCGACGCGCUCUCUCCUCCACCCCUUCGGUGAGGAGGUGAAUACUUCCCGGAUUUAAAAUCACGAGGGGUGACCAUGAGGGAUUUGGCCGCCGUCGAGGCACACGCUAGUCGCGUGCGGGCGCGCUGACGUGCGAGCUGCUGUGUGAUUCGAUUAUCGAUCACGGGAUCCGUCACGGAACGAGGGGAGGAGGGUGCGCGCACGGCGCUCGAGGAUGCUCGCGAAAAAGGCGACGUGGAAUCCGGCCGCGGGGCAAUCCGGAACCGCGGCAAACGGUGCCGAUUCCAUAGAUUGAUGGACCUGCCGACGGGAAGGCCGAUCGCGUCGCAACCAUGCAUCUGCACUUUGAGAAGAAUAAUAACGCCAAGUGCGAUUGCAAUAUCCUGUCGCUCAGCUGGAUGGGCAAAGUGCCGGACGAGUCGCCGGAGGAUGAAGGAUGGAAGCUCGAUCGUACAAAUUACUACCAAGAAGGAUGGCUAGCUACCGGCAACGCUCGCGGCUUGGUUGGGGUGACUUUUACUACAUCGCAUUGUCGCACCAGAACCGCAGAACUUCCACUCAGGGCAAAUUACAAUCUCCGAGGACACCGUAGCGAAGUGAUACUCGUCAAAUGGAACGAACCCUAUCAAAAACUAGCUUCGUGCGACAGUUCGGGUGUAAUCUUCGUUUGGAUCAAAUACGACGGACGAUGGAGCAUAGAAUUAAUCAACGACAGAAGCACACCUGUUACGCAUUUUUCUUGGUCCCACGACGGUCGCAUGGCUCUUAUAUGUUACAGGGAUGGUUUCGUACUAGUUGGGAGUGUCGCCGGUCAAAGGUAUUGGUCGUCGAUGCUCAACGACAAAGCGACGAUAACAUGCGGCAUUUGGACUCCGGAUGAUCAGCAGGUCUACUUCGGGACCACCGCGGGCCAGUUAAUCGUUAUGGAUGUUCACGGGGCUAUGGUGUCGGAGGUACAAUUGGCGGCCGGUGUCACGUCGAUGGCGUGGAGCGCCGAAAAGUUUACUAUGGAGGAGGAUGAAACAUGUGACCGAUCUCAGAAAGAUGACCGGAAUUACGUCCUAGCCGUUUGCCUCGCUGAUGGCAACAUCAUCAUGUUACGAUCGUUCGAUGACGUGUCGCCCAUCACGAUACGAAGCAAUCUGAAGCCGCCUUUGCACGCCGAAUGGAGCAAUUCUAGGAAACUGCUCGCUAUCGCGGGCACGAAGGAGUCCGAACAUCUUCAUUCGGGAAGUUCGCAGGAGUACACGAAUCUGCUCAAGUUCUAUUCGGUCAAUGGCACUCUCGUAUACACGACUGAGAUUCCGUACACGCAAUGCCCUGUGUCGGCAUUGACAUGGGGACACAACGAUAGGCGACUUUUCGUAGCGACUGGGGCGCGUGUCCAUGCUGCUUGGGUUUCCAGGAGAGUGGGCUCGUUACAACUGUUGUCGAGACUAGCGGUGAGAGCGGCUCUCACAAGAGAAUCCAAUGUUCAACAACUUCCAUUACCGCCGCGAUUAAGAGCUUCGGUGGCCGCUCUGUUCGCUAACACAAUACGAUGUUUAGUACCGGAACCGAGGGAACUGCGACGUUUCGUAUCGAGACCACCACCCGGAGGUAGCCGGUUGCAUUGCACUAUGCUUAGACACGCCAUCGAGCCCGUGCCAUAUUACACACUUUAUCUAGAAUACUUAGGUGGUCUCGUGCCACUCCUCAAAGGUAGACGGACUAGCAAGAUCCGACCAGAGUUUGUGAUAUUUGACCCGCAGAGUCAGGAGACCCUGCAAGUGUUCGAUGACAUGUCGCAGUGUCCAUCGUAUAGUGACGGCUCGGAUACCGAGAAGGACACCGCGGAUUUAUGCGGAUCGCCUCGGUACCGGAAAAAAACCAGAAAGAAGCGGGACGAGAGACCGAGCGAUGAAGCGAUAGAACGAGAGGAGAAGCUAAAUGAUCUCGCAUACGUAGAUACUUUGCCGGAGCACGCGAGACUGGUCGAAGUAACAUCGAACAUCUGGGGUACGAAAUUCAAGUUUCAUGGUCUGGCAGACUCCAUUCCCGCAAACCUAGGUCAAGUGACUUAUCGCACGUCGUUGCUGCAUUUGCAACCCAGACAAAUGACGCUCGUAAUGACGGAGCUUCGAGACGAUUUACCUGCAGGUCCAGAUCCGACGUUCAAUCCGAAUCUAUUCUCCGAGGACGAAGAGGAAUCGUAUCAGGAAUCGAGCUCGCGAGCCACUCCGGAGGCGCAACCACCGCCAAUCGCGCCAAUGACACCUCGCAACGCUCGUUUGAAUCAUCCGAAUCGACCUAAGUCACAGAUGUCGAAUCAGUUCCUGGCGACGGAAACGUUGCCGACAUCGCUGGGAAAAAUUGAGAGCUAUGAAAGCGAGUAUGUGCCGUAUGUAGAUUUGCAGGACAUGGGUAAUCUGUACGAAAACAUUAGAAAUGCUCCCACCAACACGUAUCGUACGCCACCGAGACACAAUCCGCCGCGAUGCUGCGACGUACCGGCUCUACAAUCACCGAAAAACGCGGUUGCACCCACGCAAACGUUAAUAGCGACGUCGAAUGCAGGCGCCGAUUAUGCCAACAGCAUUCAGAGAAUGAAGAACGUUCUCGCGGACGUUCAACAGACCAGCGUGACAACGAAGAAGGAGCUCGAGAACAACAAAUUCAAUCAGAUCGCGUCAGAUGACAAGUCAUUGAUAUCGAGCACUUGUUCAGCGAGUAUCAUUUCUAUCCAAAACGGCCAGGCUGCGGAAGCGUCGAGCAGUCGAUACUCGAUUUCCCAGAGUCCGGUUACGAACGGCCUUGAGAAUGUCGAUUGCACCCCGGCUGUAUAUUUGAACGGCCUAAAUAACAUGGCGUGCGCGAGCAAUGUUACGCCGCAUGCCGUCCAUCAAUCCGUAAUGUCGCAGAGCGCUCACAGUUUUGUACAUAGUAAAAAUAAUCAAAAUACCGAAGCGAGUUUCAAUGCGACAUCGUCGAAUAACAAUGGCUCUUCUCAGAUUGGACAAGCCGCGGGUCUACUCGUUAGUAAAAACGGCAUACACGGGAUAGUAUCACCCGCGUGUUCCUAUCAGUUUCCGGAAAACAUCGAACAAUGCUUCGGAUCGUCGUGCUCGCAGUGUUUCGCGAAGCAGAAGGAUCCCAAAUGUCACGUUUGUUACAGCAAGACAAAUGUCGGAACGCCGGGUGUCGUUAAACUCGACGAGGAUCUGAUGCGAUUCAGCGACGAGGAUAUUAGUUGCGGCGAUACUGAGAUAUCGCGAGGUGUUCACAGAACCUCAACGGUAAUCAGUAUCGGUCCAAUGUGCUCCAAUGACUCGAUAGUCAGGAGUUGCAGCGUCGGUUAUCUGGAUCUCGUGGAUGCUCAACUUGUACCGUGCGACGUGGCAUUGCGGAUGCUGCGGAGAGACGCGCCAAACAAGAGACUGGUAUUGGUAUCGCGAAAGACGAAACGGCGAAAAAAGAACAAGCCUCAGCCACAACUCGACGCGAAUCAACCGAACUCGAAGCCACCUAGAUUACGCAAUUGCGGCAAGUCCAAGAGUCUAGAUUCUAGUGAUAUCUUUCCGAGCAACGAGCAAAUAGCCUCUCCGCCGCAAUUGCCGGGACAUGUGGAGGAGACGUCGGUGACAGUGAACAAUUCCGAGAUUAUCGAAGAUAGCCCGGUUAAAUGCGACGAAUCGGAAUCGUCGAAAAAUGCGACGCACGAGAUCGUCGAUAAAUGUGAGGAGAGCAACGGUUAUGUCAUUCAGGAGACUCAUAUCGAAGAGAAGCCGAGCCGACCGCAAGCUGCAGCAGCAUCCAUCAAAGGAUCAAGCCCAAGCGGAUCAUUCGUCUCAUCGCUCGACGGUCUCGCCGCGAGACUUCGAGAUUUCGAUGACAGUCAUUCCUUGCCACCUCCUUCUCCUCGACCAUCAUCGAGAUUGCCGAGGAGUUCGCCGAGUAGUCCAGCACCGUCUAAGAAAGGCAAGAGACCGGCAUCGGCUUCUCCGAUCCGUAGAAGACUCUUGUCGAGUCCAUUGCUGAGCAGAAGAAUGCGAAAGAGUCGCGGCGAAAGCUCGGACGAAGAAGGCCUUCUUCAGGAUGAUACCUCGUCGACGACGAGUUAUCGGGAUUUAGAAACAUUUCAGAAGGCUCAAUUACGUCAGAAGCUCAAGCAAAGAGGAGUGGGAAUCUCCAAGUCGGAAGCGAUAAGGCGCGAUGCACAACUAGUGAUGCACAAUAAGGCGCCCAUGUGGAACGAAUCCAGUCAAGUGUAUCAGCUUGAUUUCGGCGGCAGAGUGACUCAAGAGAGCGCCAAAAAUUUUCAAAUCGAAUUCAGAGGUAGACAGGUAAUGCAGUUCGGAAGAAUAGACGGCAACGCGUACACGUUGGAUUUCCAGUAUCCAUUCAGUGCUUUGCAAGCAUUCGCCGUCGCUCUGGCGAACGUCACGCAACGACUUAAGUAACUAUCGCUCUACGACACGUUUAAACUGAUGAAAAAGAUUUGCGAAAUACGUGUCUGGGAGCGUGUGUCUGAAAAUUCGCGAGAGUUCGAUCUUAAAAAAUAAAAGAUCUCGCGCGAGGCCUUUAAAAUUAUCGAGAUCAUGGAGUUCCAUUUACUAAUUGUCCGAGAUAACGUAUUGACAGACGAUAAUAGCCAAGCGAGUAAUUUCUGACUUGCAGCGUCGAUUUUAUUGCGGUGAAAAGGAUCCUAUAGCCAGGACGAGAAGAUCGUCAGUCGAGAUGUGGACGAAUCGCAUAUUUCAAGGACGAUGCGCAGUGAAGAAUGUACGCUAAUUUUCGCGAGUGCAGUUGCGAGCGAUUUGAAUUUGAGUGGAACACAAAGAUUUUGUGUCGGCAGCUAUGUUUUGUUGAAUGCUUCUUCGUCGUACCGUCCAAAAUAUUUCGUUUCUCCCAACUUCGAGCGCUCAUUUGGUAUAGUUUAUGCGACACGUUGGAGUUUAGUGACGCUGUUGACGAUUUAUCUCGUUCAUUUUUGCCGAGUGUGUGAAUUCGAAUUUUAUAUAAAUAUAUAUAAAUAUAUAUUAUAUAUUGACAGAUUCUCGCAUGCGCACGGGCGAGUGUUUCAUGUUGUUCAAUUAAAUGUUUCUUAACGCGUAUGGUAAAAAUAACGAUAAUAAUUGUAACGAUAACACUAAUAUUAAUAACAAUAAGAAUAACGAUUGUAACGUAACGUUUGACGUCCGGCCUGUCUUCGCCAUUAAUAAGAUAACGGGGCAGACUAAUCCUAAGGAGAGAGCGAGAUAUCGAAAGAUCAGAGCGAAAGUAUGAACCGAAUGUAUAUGCACGAGCGAGUGUUUAUGCAUCGCGAAAUAAAUCUACGAUCGAAGUCGCACCGUCACCUGGUGCUCGCUUCGUCGACAAAAAAUUCGCCGAGCACGCAAAUAUUUUGAUGACGAUUAUAGAAGUCAAAAUUCCUCCUCGCAAUCUGUUCGAUUCGCGCGAUGAAGAAUUGUUUCUUGAUGCUCCUCUUUGCUCUUAAUCGCCUGGAUCUUAAAUCAUGUAACGUCUCAUAAGAUCAUAUUUUUUCACAUCCAUUACGGUAAUUCGGAGCAUCGCUAUCCCGUUAAUUAACGGCGUUAAUCCGGAUUCAGAUGCCUUUUUUACACCGCGAGUCGCAUGUUUCGAAUCUACAUUCGCAUCCAGUAUCCGUUCGAGACGGAUCUCAUCCAUUAGCGUAUAGUUUUAAAAACUUUCGCCGGACAUUCGCACUGAUCGUCGAAAUGCUGAAAGAUAGAUUGAUCGGUUUUCUAGUCGUCCCUACAUAUUACUCCACACUCUUGUUCAUAAUCCGCAGCAAGUAAUCAACGUCGAACGCUAUUUUAAACGUGACAUCGCGACGAGAAUCGCGAACUCGUGCAGCGAUGAUUCGGAAAAUUUAAUCACGAAAGUCUAUCGAAUAUAUUUAUACAUUGUUGGAGAAAAAGGGGAAAAUUUUUUUUCCGAUACUUGUCAGAUAUUUAAAUCGUAUAUGAGUUUGCGAAUUUCUCGUAAUGAUGAAGCGAAGGAUUUUAUAUUCGCGAGUGCGGAUUUCUCUUUCAUUCAGCGCACGCGUUUUGCAUUUAAUAGAAAGUUUUCCUUAAUACAAUUACAACGGGGUGAUAUAAAGUUACUCGCAUUUAUAUAUACACACUCCGCUAACUUUUGAAUACCAUUGAAUAAGAGCUUGACAACACGUACAUGGAUAUUUUCUCGAAUAAAGGGGAAGAGGGAAUGAGAAAAGAGACGAUUGUUUAAAUGAAAUCUCAGAAGUGUAUUCAGAAGUUGCAACGUGCACGCGAUUGGAGGAUAAUUCUGUAUUCCGUUCAUCGUGUCUCACCACAUCAUUUAAACAUCUCAUCUCGCGUCAUCCGAUUCCGAUCGAACAUAUUUCAUUUGUUGCAUAAAAAUAUUGCAUCCUUCCGUUCAGCCGAGCAAAGCGGAUUUAAGUCACGCGGAGCAAACGGAUAUAAUGUUACAUCAUCGUGUGUUUUAAGGCCUCCCGAAUGUAUAGAAUUUAUGCAAGUAGCAAUUUUGUGCGAGAAUUACGAAUAAUGUGCGAAUAAAUCGCGCAUUUACGCAUUUUCCGCAUUCAAUAUCAAAUAUUUAAACAAAGAUGCUACGCGUAAAUUCUGGGAUCCUUGGAUAAGAUAUUGCAUAACGCGAAGACGAUUUUCUAGUCAAAUAAUCGAUGCUGUGAUUAUCCGUACACAUAAAGUAAAAUAAAAUACGCGUUAUACUUCUCUUUUGUAAUAAUCUUUGAGAACUUUGAGCGCAUUUCUUAGGAGAUCGCGUCACGCUUCAACGCCGGUUUGUAAAAAAUAGAGUGCCUACAUUUGCAUUUGAUCGAAAUCGCCUAUUUAACAAACGAGAUUAAUACUCGACUAAUAACUCGACAUCGAGCCUCAUAAGAUACACGACGUAAUAACUCGAAAAUCCCCGCAUCUUGGAUAAAAGGCUUAUUAUAUUCUCACGCAUAUUUCACGCAUAUAUUUGCACAUUUAGGCCACGCAUUUUCCAAGAAUGUAGGAAAAGGCGCAACGAUUCAGAAUUCGCGUAACUGCGCAAAAUCUGAAUCUUUACUACGAUUCCCAAUUUAUUUCAUUCAUCUUUCGCGACAGGCGUACACUUAACACGUGACUGAGCUCCAAAAUGUUCGGCCUAGCUAAAAUUAUAAUCCUUGAUACGUUAACUCCUUACGUUUGAUGCUUCGUUUUUUUUCUUUAUCUUAAUGCUAGUGUUAUAAAAAGAAUCGUGCUUAAAGAAAAAGAAAAAGAAAUGCUAUAUGUAAAUUUUACGACUGAAUAUAUCAUAAGAAAAAAAAAAACGAUUUUAUCCAUUGUAUCCGGAAACACGAUUUUUCUCGUACGGAUGACGUAUAUUGUUAAUUUAAUUCUUGCCUUAGUGCUAUAAUGAUAAUUCUGUAUAUGUGCAAUGUAAUUUUGUUACUGAAUACAUUAUCGCGAGACUAUUUGUAAAUAAAAAAGGAAAUACUACGCGUAAAAACGUA